AUGAUGUACUCAAUAACAUUGUGUAUCGCUGGGGCGUUGUUUAUCCUCGGCUGCGUUGUUGUUACCAUUGUCGUCAUUGGUGUGCGUGCGCUCAUCUACCACUUCAAGAGUCGCCCUGCUUCUCCGUUGUCCUCUCAGCUUGGCCAAAAUGCGCCUCACGUUACUAUUAUUCGACCAGUCAAGGGCAUAGAGCCCAGGCUUUACGACUGCAUCGCUGCGUCCUUUCGACAGGACUACCCACACGACAAGAUCUCGAUCCGUCUCUGUAUCGAAGAUGAAUCCGACACAGCGUACCCUAUCCUGCAAAAGGUCGUCGAGGAUUUCCCCACGAUCGAUGCGCGUAUUAUGCUCGAGAAGGAGGAUCAUGUCCUAAGCGAGACUGUCAACAUGGGACCCAAUCCCAAGAUCCGCAAUGUCAGCCGAGCGUACCGAGAAGCCAAGGGAGAUAUUGUAUGGAUUGCCGAUUGCAACGUAUGGAUGGCCAAGGGAGUCUUGGGACGUAUGGUGGACAAGCUUAUGGGCUACAGAGUUGGUGGCGCAUCUCAACCCUAUAAAUUCGUCCACCAGUUACCUAUUGUUGUGGACUUGAUCGACUACUCCAUGCCACUCACGGCAGAGGGACAGUCUCUCCUGGACGAUUCAUCUGAGGCACACUACCCUACUGAAGGCCAUGAAGAGGAAGUUCCUGAAGUUAUGGCUCAGGGCGGUGGACGCAUUGACGAGAUGUUCAUGACAACUUCACAUGCCAAGUUUUACAGCGCUAUCAACACCCUUCGCGCAGCACCAUGCGCUGUUGGCAAGAGCAAUAUGUUUCGCAAGUCUCAACUUGAUCAAGCGACAGACGCCAUCCUAAAUCCGAACUUACCCCAAGACAAGAACCUCCCGACAGGUGUUGACUAUUUCUCACACAAUAUCUGCGAGGAUCAUCUAAUCGGCGAAGCGUUGUGGAACACAGAUUUCCCUGGCUACAAAAGUCAUGGACUUGUUUGGGGAGAUAUUGCUGUCCAGCCUAUGGCUGGCAUGUCUGUCAAGGCCUAUGCAGCACGAAGAUCUCGGUGGCUCAGGGCUAGAAAGUAUACAGUACUUUCAGCGACAAUUCUUGAGCCGUUCACCGAAUGUUUUCUGUUCUCUACCUACAUGUCCUUUUGCCUAACGACUAUACCAUUCUUCAACCAGAGCUGGGGCAUUCCCCAGACAUGGAAAGCUAUGUCGAUUGCCUGGUUUGCGAUGACUACUCUUUGGAUGCUCGUGGACUAUCUUGGUUACUUAUAUUUGCAUUCCGGCGGUACCGUCGAGGUUGACGAAAACACACCUUCUUUUGCCAGAGGCUUUGGGAACCUGGGAGGGAUCAAGAAACGUCCAUUCCUGGAGUUUCUGGCAGCUUGGAUCGGACGUGAGGGCCUUGCUCUCCCGGUCUGGGCUUAUGCAGUUGUCUUUGGCAACACAGUUAACUGGCGAGGACGACUGUUUUACAUCCAUUGGGAUACUACUGUUGAGGCGGUUGAGCCAAGAGAAGAACGAAUUCGCGAAGUGCGAACACCUGAGCUUGAAAGGGGGCCUUCGCGCAACAAGCAUCGCGUUGAUUAA